AUGGACUUUAUGAACGAUGAUGAACUAGACCUAGAUUUACCAGUAACUGCAGAAAUAUCCAAGGAGCUGUUCGCAACAGAAAUAGAGAAGUACCGUGAGUCUGAGAAUAAUGGGGCCGAUGUUGCUAACUUUGAUGUUGAUAAGUUUUUAGUGCAGAAAAAUUUCCAUUACCUUCCGCUUGAUUCACUUAUUAGAGAUCUAUCUGGACUUUCACAGAAAAUGGUACAAACAUUAUUAGAACAAAUAAGAAGUAACUACGAUGAUUACCUGAUUUUCUCCAGUACCUAUACAGAUGACCAAAAUGAAACUCUAAUGAAUUUAGAGAAGACACAAAGCGAUCUUCAAAAAUUUAUGACCCAGUUAGAUCAUUUGAUACAGGAUGACAUCAGCAAUAUACAAGAAAUCAUAAAGGAUGUCUUGGAAUACUUAAAGAAGUUGGAUGAAAUUUAUGGCUCUCUACGUAAUCAUUCACAAAUAACAGAAGCGCUCUUACUCGGGAAAAAGUUAAGUAAAUCUCUUCAUGAAAUGUGCGGUAUAGAACCACUAGAAGAAGAAAUAUGCUCUGGCCUGAUUGAGCAAUUGUAUAGUUUGAUUACAGCAUCACGUCGAAUAUUGGAGUCCUUUGUUGAUUCGAAUUCGCCUUAUAUCCGUCAUCUGCGCAAUGAUUAUCAAGACCUUCUACAAGAAUUUCAAAUAUCAUUGAAGAUCUUAACCGAAAAGUGUCUUGAAAACCCAUCAAGCCUGCAAAUCCUAUCUAUGACAUUAGUCUCCAUUAUAAAACCGGCAUAG